AGACUGAAAGCAGGGAGACGGGAGGACGUGAGGACAAAACAGUCUGAGAUCAAAGUUGCAGUUGCAGAAAACAUGAAAACGUCUAUCUAACCAAUUCAAAUAUUCUGGAGAAUAACAGAAGACAUCAAGACCAGAACUGGAGACACAGAGCUCAUCAUUUUCUGAUUUUAACACAGGGAGAGAAAUAUUGACUGCUGCACCUGCUGCAUGAAGUCCUCAGGAGUGAUUUUUGUUGGUCAGAUUUAAGGAGCAACAUCAUACCAGAACUACAAAAUGACAGCUACCACAAAGCUUCUGGAAGAGAUGUGUCAUCUGACGGCUCAAUCUCUGACAGCAAUGGACACGUCAGAGCACUUCAAGGUCCUAAAGCUGUUGGGUGAAGGCUCAUAUGGAAAGGUUAUGCUGGCUGUACACAGGAAAAGAGGAACUCCGAUGGCCUUGAAGUUCUUCCCUCGUGACUCCACCUCGCUUUUCUCUUUUCUGAUGGAGUACAAUCUCUCUCUAUCAUUCUGCACCCAUCCGUCACUGACCAGAGCUCUGGGCAUUGCUUACUCCACACCAUCACAUUACAUCUUUGCUCAGCAAGCCAGUCUCUUUGGUGAUCUCUUUGAUGUUAUCACACCUGAGGUAGGGAUGGAGGAGGGCUGUUGUCAGCGGGUGGUGUCCCAGCUGUGUGGAGCUCUGUCCCACCUCCACUCCCUCGGUUUUGUCCACAGAGAUGUCAAACCUGAAAAUGUCUUCCUGUGUGACUCUACAUGUCGAUGGGUCAAACUGGGAGACUUUGGCAUGGUGAAGGCCAGGGGAACCAGAAUUCCAGAGGUCUGGUAUAGUUCUCCUUACUGCACCCCAGAGGCUGAGAUUGCUAGAGGAAAUGAGGACAGCUGGAGAACCCAAUAUGAUGAAAACGGUAACUGUAAGAAGGAUGAGGAUACGAAAAAGAUAGAGAAGCAGAGAGUUUGGGCGUCCGUGGAGCCCAGUACAGACAGCUGGGCUUUAGGCAUCCUAACAUACGCCAUGCUCACCGGCAGUCACCCCUGGGCUGAGACAGCCAGUGACUGCUGCUCCUACACGAAGUAUCGAGAUUGGUUUGACAUUGCAAAAAGCCCCAAUGAUGAACUGGAUGUGUGGACAGAGCCACAAACAGAGACCACAGUGAAGACCACUGAUCUAAAGGGAAACGGACAUAAGGACCGUUCAGCUGUAGCUCCUCAGUUUGCAUGUUUCACGCAGCUAGCGUGCUCCUUCUUCCAGUCGCUUCUCGAUCCAAGGCCACAACUUCGAGGACGACCUGAGGAUGCUCUGAGCUACCUUGGAGACCACUGGCUGAUGGAGAAAGAGAGGAUGAGACUGGAGAGGGAGAGGAAGAAGAACCCUGGGAAGAAUGCAAUUAAAUCCAUGAAAGAGAUGGAGGGGAGAGGAGAGCGGUAAGCAAACAUGGCUGUAUGAAGUUAAAGGAGACAACUCCAGAUGACUCCUGAUUAAUUAAGAGAUUACUGCACAUGUGAUCAAAAAAUUCAUUGUCAUUUUAUAAGAUGAAAAUGUAUGUGUUUAUACAAUGUAUUAGCUUAAAAUACUGUUUAUAUUCCUCAAUAUGAAUCUUGCAAGAACUGUUUUGUAAUUGUUAUAAUUUAAG